CCAUGGCUUUGGGUCUUUGUGAACAUGUUAGUUCCUUGACAACAUGGAAAAGCUUUAGGUGAGGAAUGCCAUGUAACAGAAUCAUCUUGAAGUGGGAGGUCUGGCCCUCUUCUGUGGUACAGAGUGUACGGCUUUCUCCCUACUUGAUGUGGGGGCAGCUACGGCAUCUUCUCUUGGCCUGUCGGCACGACGAGGGUUACUUAGCGACAGGAAGUUAUGAAAAUGAAGACGAGAAUGAAAACACGGAGGACAGAUCAAAGGAUCCCAUAUACAUUCAGCCCAUGGGAUCAGAGCGGAUGGAGAUGCGAAAGAGGCAGAUGUCGGUGCAGCAGGAGUCGGUGGCGGGCACCACAGCACCGGCGCAGAACGAGCAGCCCGGCCAGGGGAACCGUGGCUCCAACGCAUGCUGCUUCUGUUGGUGCUGUUGCUGCAGCUGCUCCUGUCUCACUGUUAGGAAUGAAGACAGAGAAGAGAGGAACCGGAGAGCCUCGUAUGAUUUUAAAGCAGAGGAGAAUGCAGACUUCGAGGAGAGUCCAAAACCGACUGCGGAGGAGAUACUCUUGUGGGGGCAAUCCUUCGACAAACUGAUGCAAUGCCCCUCUGGAAGAAGUGCCUUCCGGCAGUUUCUGCGCACCGAGUUCAGUGAGGAAAACAUGCUCUUCUGGUUAGCCUGCGAGGAAUUCAGUAAGGAAACCAAUAAAAGCUCCAUCGAAGAGAAGGCGCGGAUAAUAUAUGAAGACUACAUUUCUAUUCUCUCACCCAAAGAGGUGAGCCUCGACUCUAGAGUUCGGGAGGUUAUAAACAGGAAUAUGCUGGAGCCAACAUCCCACACGUUCGACGAUGCCCAGCUCCAGAUCUACACACUAAUGCAAAGAGACUCGUAUCCGCGGUUCAUGAACUCCCCAGUCUACAAAAACCUGCUUAAGACAGUCUCUGAGCAGUCGGUGGAAUCUUAGAUCUCUGUGAUCCCGGUCGAAUGCCCCCUCCCUAUCUUUUAUUUGUUACCUUUCCUUGUGUAGAAUAUGUUUUAAAGGACCUCAGCGUGGGUCCUCCCAGGGAUUUUACUGCUAUAGCGAUCUGUACCUGAAAAAAGACGCUCAGGUCUCCAGGUCACUGGAUUAAAAAAAAAAAGUCUCAAAUUUCCUGAGGGCUCAACACCACAAGUACUGCUACAGAUCAGCAUAGCAAAAGAUGCUCCAAAGGAUUACCAGUGCGUUUCGAUGUUUUUAAGAAAAUCUAUUUUAUUUGUGUUGAAGUUUUUUUUAUUGUUUCUAAUUCUUUUUUGUAUCUAUGUUUGAAGGAAGAUGUGAUACCAAUUGUGGGCUAUAGACAGUAUAUACAGUAGAUAUAUUUAUGAAUUUGUAUUACAUUUCUUCAACCUUUUUUCUCGUGUUACAAUAUUUAAAGAAAAGGGAAUUAUGGGUAAGAAGUAUUGCCCGUUUAUGAAAAUGCGUAUGAGAAUCAAAGCUCAAGUCAAGGCAACACUUUAGCUCUACUCGCAGGACUCCCUGUUGUUCACAGUAUUGUUCCAGCUACUUUUAUAACUACUCCCUUUUAAAAUGACUUGGCAUCUCCAAUGAGAAAUCACAAUUAUCAGAAAUAAUUCAUAAAUCAAGUGAUAAUUAUUAUAAACCCCAGAGUAUAGUUCACUUAUUACGCGUAUGCAAGGGUUAGCGUACAGUGCGCGUGACGCGAAUUUCGUCAUCAGAAGACUACGUGCACCACUGGAUUUAUGUAACAGCACGUACUUGUACGCGCAGGUCGCACAUGCGUAUUUAAUUUUUUUUUGCAGUAAUAAGUUUAUCCACAAGGUGGCAACCGUGCCCUGGGGGCGUCGAUUCACAAGGUAGUCAAAGAAAAACUGCAUAAACAGACCGGAACGCAUGAAAGCUACAGCGACAAUGGAGGCCUACAUAGACGAGAGAUUCUGCAAAGAGGUUAGAAAGUACCCUCAUUUGAGAAUACAAAGAUGUUUACAUGGGUUGUAACUCGUGGCGAGAGAUUGCUCAAAACUGCGCAUGCGUCGAACGCCUGCGUAUGCGCAAAGCCACUGGAAGGCAACUGCAACCUUUAGCCAAAAAAAGCGGCUAAUGCUAACUGGCGGUAGUUUGAACGGCGACACGAUAGGCUGAGAGGUGCCACACGUGAUUAAGUUAGCCGUUACGCUUUCUCCAAUGGUAAGAGAUACAGACCCUCUUAUCUCCCUAUAAUAACACGAUCUCUGGUAUGCGUACGAGUCAAAGGAAGUAUACUUUCCAAGGCUGUGCAUUCGACUGUGCGCGUACACUAGCGUAAACAUAAAGAAACGAAGUAUAUACAGGGCUUAAGGGGGAAAUAUAGAAUUUAAAAAAGGGGGAAUUAGAUUUAAAAAAGUAAAAUGUAAAAAUGUCAUAGAUAAUAUAAUGGAUUAAAAAAAAUCAGUAUUGAAAAAAUAAAAUUGCAUAUCUCAGACAUUGCUACGCUUUUUGUACUGCUAGAACAUAUCAAGAAUUUAUUUACAGAAAUAUCAUUAAUCUAUAAGUGUUUUUUUUUCCGUAUCAUUGCAUUAAUUUAUUCCCAUGCUGCAUCCAAAAUGAGAGCUAAGAGAUGGUUGGACAUGGCAACUAUUCCUUGCAUGUACUCAACCCAAAGACACUAUGAAGACCGAAAGCCUCAUUUGUUUACAGUAUGUAGAGGUAGUAAUAUUUUUACGAAUGACCUCUAAUAGAAGAGAUUCAGUAUCAAAUGUGUUUCAGAUCUAAAAAUGAGCUCUGAAUGGAAAGGUGCAGGUUUUAUUGCUAGGACCCUCAUAAGUAGAAGACACCAAAGUAGCCGAGUCCAGUAAAACUGUGUGAGAUUAGAUUUCUCUCCAAUACAACUGACUAGAAUUGGAGCUGCCAAGUUCUUACUAUAUUUUUUAGUUCUGUGAAUUACUUUGUUGCCUGACUUUCGUGUCGCUCAAAGACAAGAUCCUCACUCGGGGAAGUGCCUUGACAUUCAAUUUUGUGGCAUCUCUUUUUUGGCAAUAGUUGAUUUAAACUCUUGCCACAUACAGUACGUAGACUCUGGGCCUUUGAUCAAUUCAUGAGAUGACUUGUCCUGCACGGUGACUUCUGAAUUGAACUAUUGCACUUAAUUUGCCUCUAGUUUUGGAGUGAAAAACACCAUUGGUUUUGUCAAGUCCUGAAGUCGCACAUUUAAAGGGUUAGUUCACCCAAAAAUGAAAUUUCUGUCAUUAAGGUUGAACCACUGUAGUCACGUUGACUAUUUUAACGAUGUCUUUACUACUUUUCUUGACCUUGAAUGACGGUAAUUACGCUGCUUUCUAUGGGGGAUAAAAAAAAAAAAUCUCUCGGAUUUCGUCAAAAAUAUCCUAAUUUGUGUUCCGAAGAUAAACGAAGGUCUUACGGGUUUGGAAUGACAUGAGGGUGAGUAAUUAAUGACAGAAAUUUCAAGUUUGGGCGAACAAACACUUUAAGGAAGUAGGUCUGUUUGUCGGUUAGUCAGGGACAAUUCAUUAAGAUUGUUGAUCUGAGUCCAGACAUACUUUUACCAACAUGUAUUUCAUGGUGGUGCUUCUACUUGUCUUUGACUAACUUAAUAUGAAAUGUGCAAUUGAUAUGUGCAAUUUGAGCUGAUGGAUUCACCACAUAGAUCAACCUCAAACACAAUCUAAGCCAAUGGUUUGGAGUUAUACUGCCUAUAAAUCUUUUUUUCUUUCUCUCUUUUUUGUUGUUGUUCUGUAAAGUAUACAAAAAAGUGUUAUUUUCCAAUCAGUUUACAUAAAGAUUAUAAUACUUUUUUUGAUUAAUAAUAUGUGAAUGUUUACAGUAAUCAGAUUAGUUUUUUUCUGUUUUAUUGAAUUGAGAAAAAUAAUGAUUUGUGGGCAUUUGGAAUCUUUAAGAUACAAUAAAGCACAAUAAUUUUAACAUGCGCGAUUGUUGUCAAAGCUGCGUUAUAGUGAACUGAUGUAUAAGUCGUGUAUGAACUUGUGGGGAUCAUGGGAACUCAGGUUCGAAUUCAUCCGGUUUCUUUUCUUAGGCUCUUUCGCCUCUUUCUCACUCAGCCAGAAAAUUCCAAAAAUAAAAUUAUAUAAAAAUUCA